AAUAUUUUUCCUAUCUUCACUACCAUCAUCUCCAAUCCAAAAUGUUUGCUAUUGACGGCAUACGCUCUCAACUAGAAUGGUCGUCUCACCUUAGUACCGUGGACGCUCCUGUUCCUACAGAGAACACCAAGUACAUGCGCAAAACAUCCAUUAUCGCAACGAUCGGGCCUAAGACCAACAGUGUUGAGAAGCUUGCAGAGUUGCGACGCGCUGGAGUCAAUGUCGUACGCAUGAAUUUCUCUCAUGGAGAGUACUCAUAUCACCAAAGUGUUAUCGAUAACACACGGAAAAUGGUCGCGGCCGAUCCUAAUGGACGUCCUGUCGCCAUUGCUCUAGAUACUAAAGGUCCUGAAAUCCGUACCGGGUUGAUGAGAGAUGGUAUCGAUAUCGCCGUCAAAGCUGGGCACGAGUUCAUAGUGUCUACGGACCCAAAGUACAAAGAUAUUUGUGAUGAUAAGGUUCUCUGGAUGGACUAUGUGAACCUUCCGAAGGUCACAGCUCCUGGCAAGUUGAUUUAUGUGGAUGAUGGUAUUCUAUCUCUCCUCGUCAUAUCCAUCGAAGGGGCCGAAAUUCGUGUCCGAUGCUUGAAUAAUGGCACCCUCUCUUCCCGCAAGGGUGUCAACUUGCCCAAGACAAAUGUCGACCUACCCGCUUUGUCAGAAAAGGACAAGAAGGAUCUUGAGUUCGGUGUCAAAAAUGGCGUUGACAUGAUUUUUGCUUCGUUUAUCCGCCGCGCGGAGGACGUUAAAGAUAUACGUACAGUUUUGGGACCGGAUGGGGCCAACAUCAAGAUCAUCGUCAAGAUUGAAAACGAACAAGGUGUUGCGAACUUUGACGAGAUCCUCAAGGUGACAGAUGGUGUAAUGGUUGCCCGCGGGGACCUGGGAAUCGAAAUUCCUGCGAGUCAGGUCUUUCUUGCCCAGAAGAUGAUGAUCGCUAAAUGCAACAUUGUUGGCAAGCCGGUCAUCGUAGCCACACAAAUGCUCGAGUCAAUGACGUACAACCCUCGCCCUACUCGAGCUGAAGUCAGCGACGUCGCCAAUGCAGUUCUUGACGGUGCGGACUGUGUUAUGUUGUCCGGUGAGACUGCCAAAGGAUCUUAUCCCAUUCAGGCGGUCCUCAUGAUGGCGGAGACCUGUUUACUCGCUGAAUAUGCCAUUUGCUAUCCUCCUUUGUAUAAUGAGAUACGUUCGAUCCAGCCUGGUCCUACGGAGACAACAGAAACUGUUGCUCUUGCUGCCGUUGCCGCUGCGUCUGAGCAGAACGCUAGCGCCAUUCUCGUGCUAUCUACUAGUGGCAACACUGCUCGCUUGAUCUCGAAGUAUCGCCCCAAGGUUCCCAUCAUCACUGUCACCCGAAACGAGCAGACGGCGCGCCAGAUUCACCUCCACCGUGGAUGCUAUCCAUUCUGGUAUCCUGAGCCCCGUGGCAUCCAAACCCACCAGUGGCAAACUGAUGUGGACAACCGUAUUCGGUUUGGUAUGCGAAAUGCUCUUGCUCUUAACAUUAUCACUCCUGGUUCUACUGUCAUUGCUGUACAAGGAUGGAAAGGUGGAUUGGGACACACCAACACUCUCCGUGUCAUCUCUGUUCCGACCGAUUCUGCUGAUCUUGAGCAUCAACAAUUGGAGGGUUAGAGUCUGUUUGCAGAUGGUACAAUUAUGCUCGAUUCCGAUGAUUUAGAGAUUACACUUUCAAUAACUUGCAACAUGUAUGUUAGGCUGUAUCUACAAAUGAAAAAGUAAAACGAUUCAG